UGCGCAAAUAUCUCACUUGAUUUCCGUAAUUCCUUGAAGAUGUCGUCCUCCAACGCAUGUCUCGUUCUUUUCCUUUAUUUGUUGUCCAUGUUGCUGAAUGUUGCUCAACUUGAAAACAUCGGAGAGGAAGAAGUCAAGGCCACGAAGCCGAAGUAUUUCACCAAGGAUGAAUAUAAUUCGUUAAUUGAAACUGACGACCGCUUCCUCGUAAAUUUUGUGAGCCCUGGGUGCAUCAAGUGCAAUGAAUUUGCCCCUGAAUAUGAAGAAGUGGCGCGGUAUUUUGCUACUGAAAAAGCAGAGAUGAACAUCAAAGUGUUUAUAGAAGGUGACCUUCAAGUCAUUCGAAAGCAAGCUCUCAGAAGGCUUCCAUCUCUAUACUACGUCAGAGACAAGACUCCCAUCUUGUACACCGGUAAAAUGGACGCCUAUUCUGUCAUUCAUUUUGUUGAGUUCACAGGAAGAAAAAUCCAUUUAACACUGAUAGAUGACGACUUUGAACACCGAACUCAAGCUGCUACUGGUUCAACUACUGGACCAUGGCUUAUCCUCUUCUGUAAUGUCGAGAAUCCUGACUGCUCUAUUCUUUUGCCUAUGUGGGAAAACAUUGCAUACAAACUGCAUGGGAUGAUUGUUGUUGCAGUGCUGGAUGUUGCUACUAGCCCUCAGACUGCCAAACGAUUCAAGCUGACUAACACUCCUUCAAUGCAACUAUUCAAGAAUGGGAAGCGAUACGUCUACAACCUUCAGAUGAGGGACGAAGAAACCAUCGAGGCAUUUGCAAAGAAUGGCUUUAAGCAGGUCACAGCCAUUGAUGUGGUGCCACCACCUUCACCAUUUGAUACACUGACAGAAAACAUCGCAGAUCAGGUGAAGGAGGUUCUCUCAGAUGAACAUUCCUCUAAGCUUGUUUAUAUCGGCCUAGCUGUGGUCAUUGUACUUGUUAUCAUCUUCGUUCUUAUCCGAUGUCGACCAUCCGAGGCUGCACCCGAAAGAACAAAGAAAGGUGUAUAAUAAUUCAUGGAUUGUCCCAUUUUUGUGACAUUUCGCCUUAUUGUAUGUAGUAUUUAUUAUAUAGCACUAUUCCUUAGUAUUUAUAGAUAUUAAUCACUUUCUAGUCAUUUCUGCUUAAGAAUCUAAGAUGAAUUAACUUCAGUGGCCGAAAUUCACAAAUGAGGUUUAAACCUGGAGUUGUACAAAACCAUGAACUAUGCAGAUCUCAUGUAUUAUUGCAUUUAAUACAGCAUUUAUUGAGUACCCUGAGCAAAAAUUUAUUAUCAGAACUUUCUCAAUGAACUCGCUGAAUCAAGUGCAGUUAUACAUAAAAUCUGCAUAAUUCACAGUUAGAUACCCCUGUUUCUUUUGUGAACGCCGGCCAUGGUGUUUAAGAUACACCUCAUGUCAUUAUGAUUCAAUUAUCAUAUCAGGGUCCCGUUUCAUAAAUACUUGUUGUAAUAACACAUGCACAUUUUCUAUAACAAUUUACUAUUAGCCAGUCUUAUUAAAUGAUUUCAGUAGCUUUUAAUUGUUAUUACAAUUUUGUUGUAACAAGUUUUACGAAACGGGCCCCAGAAUCAUUGUCUGGAUUUAUUAGUUUGCAUUUAGAUGAAUACUUUUUAGAUAAUUCUUUUAUUUUGUCUUCCAAUACAUUUAGAGUAAAUAACAUAGAAUAUUUAGGUUUAACCCCGAAAAGGCUUGGGGAGGGGGAGAGGUAAUCCACCCUGGCCCCUGUGGUAUUUUAAGUGAUAUGGAUGCAUAUUGCAAAGGGGUCGUAUAACAUUCCAUAUUUUUUUUAUCUUCAAAUCAUUUUGUGCAGCUUUUGAGACCAACUUCACAAUUUUCUGGCAUGUGAUUCAGCCUAAAUUCAGAAAUGAAUUAUUUCAGCUUUUACUGAUAAAAAUCAAUUAUUGUUAUGCUGAUCAUAUUGAUAUAAAAAAAUGUAGCCAAUAAAAAUCUAAAGAUAUAAAGAUGUGGGGAAAACAGACAAAAUUUCAAAGGUAACUAAGUAUAUAAAAUUGAUUUUGAAACCAAAUUAUUUUUUAAAGAACAAUUUACGGAAAUCUUCAGUCUAUUGAAGCCCCAAAUUAUUGUGAUACGAGCUUCAUCUAGUAAUUGAAAUGCAGUUAUUGUAGAAAACUUAUGUAGAUUAUAUUAUGAAUAAUACGUGUGCUGAUUUUUUACUCUUUCACAUCAGAGGAGAACAGAGAACAAUGCCCCCCCCCCUCCCAUGCCACCUCGCCCCAUUUAAUGAGGGUUAGAAGCGUUUCUUGUUUAUCAUAUUUUAUUUAACAAAACUAGCUAUUACUCUUUUGUUAUCUUAAUUUGUUCUUUAUCAUUGAUAUUACUGUGAUGAUAUUGACUGGUCUUGAGGUAUAUACCACAUGUAUUUUUCUAAAAGCAGUUUCACGUUGCCCGAGUUUUGACGAGGACAAUAUGGGUCCAGUGAGGGAAAUACAUGUGCUAUCUCCCGAAAAUGUGUUGUAAUUUAGUACAGAGGCGCAGUAGGAAAAUGAAAAAUUUUGCAGGAGAGUUUAUGAAUAUUAUGGUCACUAGCCAUACAGCUGAGCCAAGGCUGACCCAUGGUGACAUAUUUUUUGUGUUUGAGUGGUUAAUUGGACAGACAAAAUAUGUAUUUUUAUCAUGUCUCAAGAAUGCCUUAUUUAGAUAUAAUCUGAUAUAUAUUGUGCAAUUAAUAAUUUACAAAGUGCCUUGAACAAUGUAAUAUAAUCAGUAUUGUAUUUCAUACUCUGGUUUGGUGUACAAGCAGUUGGUCUACUACUCAGAGAGUCCAGUGCCACAUGGGCUAAACCCAGUCCGCCUACUUUCAAUUUGGUCUAAUCACUGAUUGGUCUAAGCUGCACUUGGUCUAAUACCCACUUAGUCUAAUUCUCAUUGAGUCUAAUGCCCAGUUGGUCUAAUUUCCACCUUGUCUACUUAUUAUGUUUUUUCUUUGUCAAAUGAAAAUUAGGUUCAUAAACAGCUGAUCUAACCAUAUAGACUAGUUUGUGAUGGACCAAGUAGAUGCUAGACAGAAUCGAUAAGGCAAAUGGAAAUUUGACUAAAAAGUAAAUAGGCUAAAUAGCAAUGAGAAUAAGUGGUUAAUAGAGAAACUGGUUGUAGAGGAGUAAGAUUAGACCAAAUGAGAUGAGACUAAAUCGAAGGUAGAUGAAACAGGUAUAAAGCAAUGAGCAAUUUACCGAUACUACAUGGUGACAGAGUUGAAUACCCAAAUAAAGCUUUUCAUAUGUAAAUAGGGAUGAAAAGUGAUAAGUUAUAAUUCCAAAUCUCAUUUGAUUUUUUUCUUAGGGGAGUUUGUGGUUAGGUAGAUGAUCAAGUGUAUCUUUACUUAGACCACACAUUUAAGGAGCUGCCAGUUGUCAACUCAUUCACCAAUUUAAAAAAAAAAAGUCUGUCAUUUAAUAUAAAGAAGAUUAGGAAAGUAAGAAAAUACAAUGAAUUUGUAUGAAUCAUUUGGUACAGUAUCUUUGCCAUAAAUAUUGAAGUAUUCGAUUGAAGGCUGGUCUAAAAUUCUAGUUCAGACCGAGGUUAAGCCUGGGUUUAAUUCUCUGAAUACCACCCAUAGGCUGGUAUACUCACGUGGGGUUUAACAUAGACCAUGGUCCAAGUCAGUAAUAAACUUAUGGGAAGCCAAUCAUGUCAAAAGUUUGUUAACAUUAUUUGAUUUUUACGUGAACUUUGCUCUUUCCUCAUGCUUUAAAGGUGAAGAAAAAAAAUUUAGUCAUUAUUUCCUGACAGUUAUGAAUGAUAUGAGUGUCAGAUGAGCAGAUAAAUUGUUCUUGUACUGUGACAGAUACCAGUCACAGUUGGCUCUCCAUAAGUUAAACUGCAACUUCAGCCCAGAGUUCAAAUUAAACAACGAGUUCAGAAUAUGGGCCAUAGUGUUUUAUUUCAUAUUCAUACCAGGGAAGCAUUUCAUGAAAGGACUUGUCGGACGUUUUAUCUGACAAGCUCUGUUUUAUCCGACAGUUACCAUAGUAACGUUGCUUCUCGGCCAAUCAAAAUCCCAAAAAGUUGUCAGAUCUAACAAGUUGUCGGACAAAAAUGUUGAUGAAACGCCCCCCAGAUCACAUUACUUGCCAUAUAUUACUACGCUAAUGUUUUUAAAACCUUAAGACAUUUUCUUCUGCUGAAUAAAAUCAUGACUAAAUGAUAAUGACGACUA